AUGUCCACGAUAUUCGCAGAUGAUGGCAAUGAGGAGUACUGCGGAGCCUGCCGCAGGGAGGGAGUACUGUUGUGCUGUGAGAACUGUCCCGCGGCAUAUCACUUUGGCUGUGCCGGUUAUGGCGGGGAGGAGGAUGUGCCUGGAGGAGAGGAGGAUGCAUGGCUGUGCUGGGGCUGCUCCCAGAAGACCAAGACGCCAUUCCUGCACAGCACGCGGCCGCUGGAGAAGGCGGUAGGGAAGGAUGUGCGCGUUGCCUCAAAGGAGGGGUCCAUCGAGUACUACAGGGCUUCUGUAGUUGGAGGGAACGCGGCCGCCGUGGACGUGGUGUACGAGGAUCUGCCCGGGGUGCGCGAGUCGAUAGACCGCAGCAGCCGCCGCCUGUGGCAUGGCACGCUGAACAAUGAUGGCUGGGAGAGGCGCGGCAGCAAGUAUGUGCCGAUAAGCCGGGCAUAUGCAAUCGACAUCAACCGCACGUCAGGCUCCCCUCCAGGCAAGCUACCGGGCAAGGCCGAAGCGCGGAGCACCGCCGCAGCCGCAGCAGCAUGGCAGCAGCGGGAGCCAGCAGCCUCAGGCCGCUCGCACGCAGCGUCAAAGGGAGCACAAGCGCAGGACAGGAAGAAGGCAGCACCGAAGCCUGUGGCCAAGAAGACUGGUUCGUUCUUGACAAUUCGCAAUGCUCAGGCAAGUUUCAAGCAUGAAAUCACCGUCUUUUACCUCAUGCAGGGCCUGGGAGGGCCAAGGCUGUCAGCAGGCCAGCAGAAAUACCCGGCCGCGCCCGGCAUCACCGGCCGGGCCGAGCCGUUGCCGCUGCCAAGCAAGCGGCCGGCUCCGGCUGCGGAGUCGGCCGUGUCUAAGCGGCCGCGCAGCUCAGCGCCCCCCACGCAGGGGAUCCCACCAGUGGCCGCCCCGCCACCCGCCACCACAGCGGCGCCCCCCGCUCGGCCGCCGCUGUCACAGACGCCGCUGCCGGCGCUGCUCGCAUCCUCACAGCCGCGCACUGCCCCGGCUGCUGGGGCCGGCCCCCCGCAACCGCCCACCACUGCAGCGCUUCCCGCUCGGCCGCCGCUGUCAAAGGCGCCACCGCCCCCCACCGCAGCGCCGUCCGCUCGGCCGCCACCGUUAAGUGCGCCGCCGCCACCGCUGGCCGUUUUGCAGCUGAGCAGAGCGCCAGGUGCAGCACGCGCGUCGCCGGCGGUCUCCGUGCAGUCGCAGAGUGUCCCGGGGACAUCCCUGCCCAGCAGCGCAAGCGCGCCGGACGUGCAGCAGCCGCUAACAGCUGUGGGUGCUGGAGGGAACGCGCCGCACCAGUGGCCCACCUCACAAGCCAUCGCACAACCACUUGCACCGCCGCCGCCGCUGCCGCCGGCUCUCUUGACGCCGGAUGCAGCGGCGGCUCUGUGCUCCAGGCUCGGCACAGACCAGUCGGCUGAGCCGCCGGGCACUGCCGUCGAUAUGGAUGUUAAUGACAUGCGGCGGCCAUUCCCGGACCCACUGUCGUUGGCAGCACUGGCGGAUGCGUCAGAAUGGGAGAGCGGCAUUGCUUUCGGCGGCAGUCCUGAGUCACAAGGAGACAUUGUAGAAGAGAUGAGGACAGAAGAGGGCAGCGCUGCAGAGGAUGCGCCCACCCCUAACCCAGCUGCCACCCCGGAAAUCAGCGGUGCAGGUGCAUUCCUGGACGAUGACGUAGGGGAAACAGCGUUCACAGCGGCGCUGGAGUCUUGGCUGGAGUCGCAGAAGAGGACCAUGUACGAGCCGCGAAUCCAGCAGAAGCCCCUCUCCGCCUACACCCUCUGGAAGCUCGUCGCAAAGGGCGGCGGCUCCAAAAUGGUGACAAACAACAAGGGAUGGGCGCGCAUUGCUCGCGCAGUGGGGGCGCCGGAGUCGAUGACCGACAAGUCCACUGUGACCAAGCGCGUCUUCCAGCUCUCCCUGGGCGACUUUGAGGAGGCGACAGAGUGCGGCGAGACCGACCUCGGGCGGCCGCGGGCGCGGGCUGCGACGCGGACGCCUCCGCCGCGGGGCCGGCAGCGCAACCGCGCCGGCCGCUCCUCCCCAACCCGCAAGCGCCAGCGCGCCUCCGGCCGCGCGGCCGAGCGCCGUGUCGUCGGCUGGGUGCAAGUAAACAAGGAGCUUGCGCUGGACGUGGGUGCAGCAGUGGAGGUCAGGAGCCACGACAAGCAGCACACAGGCGGCUGGCUUCAAGCCCGGAUCUUGCAGGUGUGUCCUGGGAGCAUAUAUGAAGGGGGCCUGCGCUUCGAGGUGGAGCUGGAAAACAUAUCUGGUUCCCCCGGCCAGAAAUCACAGCAAGCAGAGCCGCCGGUGUUCGGCAGCGGAGCACAAGACGCCAGCGAGAAGGGCUCGGAAGGUGGCGGGAAGGGAGAAGAAGCUGCCGGGAGGGAGCUCGCAUGGGUGCCUCUAGUGCAUGCACCGGCAAACACAGAUUAUCCUGCCGUCCUGAUCAGGCAACCGCUGCAGCCGGCCGCCCCCCCCACGCCGGCCGUCGAUUGGCGCGUCGGCGAGCGAGUUGAGGGCUACUGGGCGGAGGGCGGCUCGUGGUGGCCCGCAACGCUGGAACAGAUCCUGCCAACUGGCGAUGAGCUGGAGCUGCGCGUGGACCCUACUGCGACAAAUCGUGACGGCGAGCUAUGGGUGCUGCCAGCAGACCACGUGCGCAGGGGUCACUCCACCGAGCGCGAGGGCUUUGGACUGCUGGAGCCGCUGCAGGAAGAGCAGUGGACCACAGUGGGCGAUCUACGCAGGAAGCUGGCCUGGCAGCAGCACACGGUGGACGGCUGGUCCAUCGAGGCAUAUGCCACUCAGGCAGGCAUGCCCCAGACCUCCAGCGAGGCUGCAGGGGCGCCUCCCUCCCGUCUGCACACCACAAACAGGAAGAGGCCCGCGCCAGACCCGCUGGCGAGUCUGGAGGAGGCAGCGGCGCGCGUCCUGGGGCGAACCCUCUCGGCCGCCACCCCGCGCGCUGAGUCAGCGGCGGCCGGGCUGCUCGAUCUGGCUCCCUUUGGCCAAAGGGGCGGACCCUUUUCCUCCAGCCGCCCCGGCUCGCCGUCAGUCGGCAGCGUCUCGCAGAUUGGUGGCGGCUCCGGCGGCGAUGAGGCCUUCCCUGACACCGCCUCCGGCGAUGACAACGAGACGGGGCGCGCCGCCCGGAGAGCCAGGGCGGACCAGAGGACGAUGUCUCGGAUGGCGUUGCCUCCGGUGGUGGCCGCCGAGGAGCUGUCCUGCGACGAGGCUCUGGAUGAGGGAGCCGGCCCCGGGGACGGAGCGCAUGCAAAGCCGGGCGCAGCCGCCGAGCAGUUCCCUGGCAGGUGGGGCAAGCCGAGGAAAUUAGGAGGGAGGGGAAAGCCUUCAGGCCCACCGCUGCCCUGGGAGUGUCCGGUGGUGUGCGUGCCCGGCAGCUUGGACAACUUCCUUACACAGGUGAGGCCUGCCGCUGUCAGGGACCCAGACUACCUCGCCAAGCGGGAGGCAUCAGCGCCACCCGGCGGCUUCCACACCCACAAUGCCAAACGCCCUGGGAAGAUGUUACCCGCUGCAGCCACGGCCAAACCCCCUGCCGCGGGCAAACCCCCCGCAGCCGCCAAACCCCUUGCAGUGCUGAAUCCCCCUGCAAAGGGUAAACCCCCCGCAGCGGGGGUCAAUGCCCCUGCAAAAGGAACCCCCCCGGCCAAGGGCGCGCAGCGCGGAUCGGCUCCGGCAAAGCAUGACGAGGCGCCUGCGGCUGCCCCGGCACCUGCGGCAGCGGCUGCACCGGAGUCAGGGAAGGGCCAGGGAAGCAGCAGGACUCCGCCGUCUAAGCAGGCAGCGGGUACGGGCCAGGACUCACGGCCAGCAAGCGCGGGGCCCACCGGAAAAGAAGUGGCAAUCCGCGCCCCGUUGCAGGUCGCAGCCGGCCUCGCCGUGAUGGGCCGCCCGAUCGGGCUCGCCAAGAGCCUACCCGGCACAGCGCUCUCCGGGCUGCUCCCCGCCGAGCAGGAUAACGUCAUCCUGGCGCACCUCAAGCGAUGCGGCGCCGGCCAGCCCGCGGCCGCACCGGUCACGACCCAUGCGCUCCCAUACGUGCUCCUCCCGCUGCCAGCAGACACGCGCGCCACCAGGCGGCAACCCCCACCGCGGCCGCUGCCUCCGCAGCCGCAGGCGGCAGCGGCCAGGUCGCAGCAGGCGCAGCGCGCCGGCCGCUACAGCGGUGCGCCGGCCGCCUCAGGCGCGCUCAGCCGGCCGCCGGCACGCGUCCUCGGCCAGUUUGUCAGCGAGCCGCCGUCCUCCACACCCGGGAUGUACUCGCAGCCGGCGCUCGCGAUGAGGUCGCUGCUGACGUCGGCGAGCGAGAUGCUCGCGCGCGGGAGCGCGCCGGACCGACCGCCGCCCGGCCUCGUCAGCAUGCCGCUCGGCCUGCUGCCGCCGGCGACGGCCCCUCUGCCCAACACCUUCAGCAGCGGCGACAUCCAGCGCGCUGCAGAGGCCCUCGCGGCCUACAUCACGCCCGCCGGGGUCACCCCGCUUCCCUCGCAGCCUCUGCGCAUGCACCAGCCGCGCGCCCCCUACGCAGCAGGUCUUCCCGGCCUCCGCCCCUCCGCGAGCGGCCAGCAGCAGCAGACGACAAGGCCGGCAGCGGAGGCGCCAAGUAUGGAGUCGCGCUACCCCCGGAUAAUGCCGCUGGGCCCCCCGCCGGAGAAUGCACGCUACCCCAAGAUCCAGUUCAGCUUCGCGCUGCCGCCACCAGCGUUCCCUGCUCCGUCACAUGUCCAGCCACCGCAUGCGAAUGGCGCGGCGGUAGCCAGGGGCGGCGAGAACGAUUUACAGGCGACACCGCAGGAGACGGCGGGGAAGCCGGGGCUGGCCGGCCGGCUGCGGCAGCCGCCGCCGGGGUCGUCCCGGCUGGUGGCGGCGCUGUCGCAGUCGCUGGGCCUGAGCUCGGAGCUGCUGCCGGCAGCCGCCGCGCAGCUGCCGCCGCCGCAGCUGAUGCGUGCGACAAUCGAGCAGUCCCGACUGGAUGCCAAUGGAAGCAGUGGCGGCCGCUGA